AUGCCUGAUCAGUUCCCUGCUGAGAGCCCCGUCUCGAAUGGCGCUGGUGACAGCCCCAGCCCCAACCCGGGUACCCUUUGUCGAGACGAACCCGGCGAGAAGCAAAAUAUUACCACCACCAGCAGAUUCGUCCCGGAACGUUGGAGAACCGCGAGUCAAAGGAUCCGCCAUCGGACGGCUGCGUUGGCCGAGAAGCUGGGUCGACCACAUGAGGGAGGGGAGGAUGGCUUGGACGGCGGCAUCUCGCCGGAAUACUACGGCGCGACGGAUGAUUUGCGGGGGUUCGAGGCUCGCCAGGCCAAAGAUGAAGAGAGUAGUUUGCCCGAUAUGGACCAUGACUCUCAGGCCCGGAGGAUGGUGCAGCAGCUGGGUCUGCAUCCUCCGAAACCCCAUGCUCGUCGCAAGGCUCAGGAGCCUCACUCUGGCACGGUGACCCCGGAUAGUGGCACCACGACGCCCGGUGGCCCCAAUGGAGGCAUGCUGUCGCAGUUGCUGCGUAUCUAUGCGAACAAUAUGGAUGCGAGCCGGCUCAGUGUGGCUUCCGCGGCCUCAGACACGGAGCCUGAUGAGCCUGACUCGACUACCCCCAGUCGGCCGGGGUCUGGAAGUGGCACUGGCACCCCAACGGGCAAGAAAGACAAGGUGAAAUGGUACGCAAACAAGGACGAAAAGAAAUCGAAUCACGGCUACGCGGCGUCCCUGAUCCAUGCCUCCAUGGACAUGGGCCGGGUUGGUGUGCCGGGUGCACACGGACCCACGGCCCCCAUGAGUCCCAAGGAACGGAAGAAAAAGCGCAAGAGCGAGAAGGACGUGAAGUUGACCGUGCACAUUGCCGGUCUCCUGGCGCGCCAGCAGUAUAUCAUGCAGCUCUGUCGUGCGCUGAUGAUGUAUGGGGCGCCCACCCAUCGACUGGAGGAGUACAUGACAAUGACCGCCAACGUGCUGGAGGUCAACGCGCAGUUUUUGUAUAUCCCGGGCUGUAUGUUCAUGUCCUUCGAUGACCCUCUCACUCGCACUGCUGAGGUGAAGAUCAUCCGCGUUGUCCAGGGGCUGGAUCUGUCCUGUCUGGCGGAGACACACAAUGUCUACAAAAAUGUGGUGCACGACAUUGUCGACGCAAAGGAAGGUACCCAUCAGCUCGACCUGAUCAUGCAGCGCCAGCCGCGCUACAGCCCAUGGCUCAAGGUUCUUUUUCACGGCCUGGCCAGCGUUGCCGUCGGCCCCUAUGCCUUCUCCGCGCGCCCUAUCGAUCUCCCUAUCAUCUUCUUCCUGGGCAGUCUUGUCGGGGUCAUGCAGCACAUCCUCGCGCCGGCUUCGGCCACGUACGCCAACGUGCUGGAAGUCUCUGCCGCCAUCCUAACCUCGUACAUUGCCCGUGCCUUUGCAAGCAUCAAACACGAUGGCCAGUGGCUGUUUUGUUUCCCUGCCCUGGCCGAGUCGGCCAUUGCCAUGAUUCUGCCCGGCUUCGCCGUGCUCAGCAGCAGUCUCGAGUUGCAGUCGCACCAGAUGAUUGCCGGCUCCAUCCGCCUGGUCUAUACCAUCAUCUAUUCACUGUUCCUCGGCUACGGUGUCACAGUCGGCACGACGAUCUAUGGGCUGAUGGACCCUAACGCCACUACCCAAUCGACGUGCCCGGUCGACACCCCGGAAAAAUGGGGUAACCAGUAUAUCCAGCAUUUCCCCUUCGUCGCGAUGUUCUGUCUCUUUGCCGCCUUGAUCAACCAGGCCAAGUUUAAGCAGCUGCCCGUCACGAUCCUAAUGGGCGUCACCGGAUACGUGACCAACUACUUCGUGACCCAGAGGAUGGGGUCCAACCAGGUUGCCAACACCGUCGGCGCGUUUACAAUUGGUAUGCUGGCCAACUUGUACAGUCGCCUGUGGCACGGCCACGCCGCGGCCGCGAUCAUCCCGGGCAUCUUUACGCUCGUGCCGUCUGGCCUCGCAUCUUCGGGUUCUAUUAUCCAGGGCCUGGCUUACGCCGAGGAAGUCGCCAAUCGCACGGCAAAUUCCACUACCAGCACGAUGUCGGGUAGCUCCCUGACUGCGCUGGGCUUUGGUAUGAUCCAAACGGCUAUCGGCAUUUCGGUGGGAUUGUUCAUUGCUGCGUUGAUUGUAUACCCGCAUGGCAAGAAACGCAGUGGAAUCUUCAGUUUGUAA